UAAACAGCAGAAAACUUUGGAGAUGUUUUGAACAGUUACAAUAUUACUAAAUUUGUGAACUCUCGCCGUAAUUUUCUUCAAAACAAUUUUCAUAAUCGCAAGUUUCUAACCCGUUCAUCGCUCGAUCUCUCGUCGGGUAAAAGGAAAAAAGUAGGAAUUUCACUAUGAGAAUGAAUUUGAGUUCUACCAUUUCUGGGAAGAAUUUGCAGAUUCAUCGCUUUCAUCGGUUGCAUCGCUCUCGAUUGGAGUUCCCUACUUCUAUCUCUUCUCGUCAUCAGUCAACUUUGGGGGCGUUUCCUCGUUUACCGCCGCGGAUUGAUGGAGGUUCUGUUCGUUGUUCGCAUCCUUCGCUUUCUGCUGAUUGGAGCUCUCGAUUCUCGAUUUUCACAAGAUGUGUACCGGAAAAGUUUUCUGAAUUUUUGGAGCCGGAUCAAGAUUCUUCUAACAGUUCACCUCCGAUCUUUGAGAAAAAGGAAGCUACAUUUGUCAAGAUACUGAAACAGUCAAAUUCUCUCCUGCCUCAUGUGGUUCUUGCUAGCACACUGGUUGCCCUUAUUUUCCCACCAUCUUUUGCUUGGUUUACUAGCAGGUACUAUGCCCCUGCAUUAGGAUUUUUGAUGUUUGCAGUUGGGGUUAAUUCCAGUGAAAAGGAUUUUCUUGAAGCCCUCAAGCAGCCAGCAGCUAUCUUUGCUGGUUAUGUUGGGCAAUUUUUUGUCAAACCGCUUCUUGGGUAUCUAUUUGGGACGAUCGCAGUGACUUUGUGUGGUCUUCCUACUUCAAUAGGUGCUGGAAUCAUGCUGGUCUCUUGUGUUAGUGGGGCACAACUCUCAAGUUACGCUACGUUUUUAACUGAUCCAGCCCUCGCUCCCUUGAGCGUUGUUAUGACAUCAUUAUCCACUGCUACUGCUGUUUUUGUCACUCCAUUUUUAUCUUUAUUGCUCAUUGGAAAGAAACUUCCAGUUGAUGUUAAAGGGAUGAUAUCUAGCAUUACACAGAUUGUAGUUGCACCAAUUGCUGCAGGGUUGCUUCUGAAUCGGUUCUUUCCUAGGAUUUGUGAUGCCAUACGGCCUUUUUUGCCUCCACUUUCGGUAUUGGUGACAGCUUGUUGUGUUGGAGCUCCACUAGCUAUUAACAUCAACUCUGUUAUGUCCCCAUUUGGAUUUUCCAUAUUACUGCUCAUUGUAGCUUUUCAUUUAUCUUCCUUUGUAGCUGGUUAUUUCUUGACUGGUCUUGCGUUUCAUCGGGCACCCGAUGUGAAAGCACUGCAGAGAACACUAUCCUAUGAGACAGGAAUGCAAAGCAGUCUCCUUGCCCUUGCUCUCGCAAACAGGUUUUUCCAGGAUCCCCUUGUUAGUGUGCCCCCUGCCAUUUCAACUGUGCUGAUGUCCUUAAUGGGGUUCUCUCUGGUUAUGAUAUGGAGCAAGAACAAAGAACAGGAUUUGAUAAAGCAGAGCUGACAAAGUUAGGCCAAUUUUUAUAUAUUGUACAGGCGUUGUGGAGGCAGUUGAAGACGAACCAACCUAUAGAAACAGCUUUUCUAGAAUUGCAUCCAACACUUGGACUUGAGGUUCCCACUCUUUCUUUUAUUUAAACUUACAAGCUUUAAAGAAAUUACCAAUGCUUUAAUAAAUUGGCCCAUGUUCCGAUCUGUGACUUACUCAUGAAAAUUUUUGAAUAACAAGAAAAGAAAAAGAAAAAAAAAAAAAUGAAAGGCUUGAUAGAAUUGGUAUCGAUAGUAAAGCUUAGAAAGAAUCUGUCGGUACCGUUUUUUAGCUCAACAAUUGUUGAUAGGUAAAGAUUGAAUCAUUGAUCUUUGAAAUGGUAAUUUGUGCAUUAUUAAGUUGUUACAAUGAAUGUUUGUUUGAAUUAUUAUGCUUAAUUAAUAUAAUUAUCUUAAGGUGU